AUGUCUUUUGCACUUCGAAGCAGUCUUCGUCUUGCAGCUCUCCGUAGCCAAUUUCUUCAUUCUACUAUCCCUCCGAGCCGCCCGUUUUCAUUCUCUCCAAUCCGCAACAUGUCCGUCCCCUCCACCAUGAAAGCCGUCGUGGUCGACCAGACCGGCGGCCCCGAGGUCCUCCAAUACAAAACCUCGCAGCCCGUACCAACACCCAAGGAUGGCCAGCUGUUGGUGCGCAACAAUAUCUCCGGUGUGAACUACAUCGACACAUACUUCCGCACUGGACUGUACGCCUCGCCCAAGCCCGAAAUCUUGGGCCGUGAGGGCGCCGGUACUGUCGUGGCGCUCGGCCCCAAUACCUCCGGUUUCAAGGUCGGUGACCGCGUUGCUUGGAUGGGUACCGGUGGGUAUGCGGAAUACACGGCUGCGCCGGUCGCUACAACCGUUAAGAUCCCCGAAGGCGUGAGCGAUGAGGACCUCAUGGCUUCGUUCCUGAGCGGGUUGACCGUUCUCGCCUUUGCGAAAGAGACUUACGCCGUGCAGAAGGGUGACUGGGUGCUCUUGCACGCUGCUGCGGGCGGUGCGGGAUUCCUCAUGACCCAGGUUCUGAAGAACAUUGGUGCCAAGGUCAUCGGCACUGCUGGUGGGCCGGAGAAGUGUGCGCUGGUGAAGAGCCUCGGGGCCGACGUGGUUAUUGACUACCGCAGUGAAGAGGGCAAGGACUGGGUGAAGCUGGUGAAAGAGGCUACUGGUGGUCGUGGCGUGGACGUGGUCUACGAUUCUGUUGGCAAGGAUACCUGGGAAGGUAGCUUGGAAGCUGUCAAGCGCAAGGGCACCAUCGUCUGGUUCGGCAAUGCCAGUGGGCCCGUGCCUCCCAUUGCUCUACCGAAACUCUCGCCCAAGUGUGUUAAGAUUGCUCGUCCCACCCUCUUCGGCUACAUUGAAACCCGUGAGGAGUUUGACUACUAUACCAAUGAGCUUUUCAGCAUGCUUCAGUCUGGUAAGCUCAAGGUUAAGAUCCACAAGGUCUACCCGAUGGAGGAUAUUGCUCAGGUUCACAAGGACCUGGAGGGUCGCAAGACCACCGGAAAGCCUCUCAUCAAGCCUUGAUUGGACUAUGGACUAUC